AUGCUGCUUAACACCACGAGUCCGCAGGCUUUUGGGGAGACCGAUGCAGACUACGGUUCCGUCAAUGAUUUUGACUUCAAUGCUGCCAUAUUGCCCUUUGGGAGUGCCACACAUGAAGAGCCACCGAACGAGAUCACGGACUCCUUUACCGCAACCUAUGACGGCUUCAGCCCCGAAGGCCUUGAUGGCUUUGGUUGGAGGGACCAGGAAAAUUCCGAAUCUUUGCCUGCACAUCGGCCUAGCCAAGUCACUCAAAUACACUCUGGCUAUUCAUCCUGGUAUACCACAAGUGCGCCAUGUGAAGCUAUCGACAACAGAGAAUCAAUAUCAACGCCACCCUUAUUGGAAAAUUCGUUCCGAGGUCAACUUCCUCGGCGAAAAAGCAAGUAUUUGAUACAGGAGAUCAACCAAGAGACAAAUGUUGUUUUCAUACCUAAUGGGAGGCCUGCGGAUCCUUUGGAGCGCUGGAAGGAAUCACCCCCUGAAGCUGAGGCUGCCAGUUUAUCGGCCAUUAAGAACGCGCUACAAAACCAACCACUCUCUUGCGACGAAUCUCAGGGGCGUGGUACCCCUGGUUUUAGGUCUGGCGACAUAUUCCAAAAUUAUCGUCCAACAUCCCAGGCACCUUCGUCAACUAGUGGAGGAAGUGCCCUUAGUGCAUCCUCUCAGCGUUCCAACAGAUCCCGGUUGUCUACUUUGUCUAAGAGCAGCCAAGCCGCUUCGGACCAGGCAUCUGCAAAGGCUCGGAAGAAGCAGACAGGAUUAAGGACAAAGAAGCGAAGUUCAGCCAGCAACCCUCGCAUAUUUUGCUGCACGUUCUGUUGUGAUAAGUUCAAAAGCAAAUUUGACUGGAUGCGUCACGAGAAGUCUCUUCAUCUCAAUCUGGAGAGUUGGGCGUGUGCACCGUUUGGGGGGUGCGUGGUAUUGCAAUCAACCGGUCGCGCCCACUGUGCCUAUUGCAACCAGUUGGAUCCAACUCUAGAGCAUCUUCAGAAACACAACCAUGGACUCUGUCAGCCACAAUUACGAACAUUUCGGAGAAAAGAUCACCUUAUUCAGCACCUGCGCCUCUUCCACCACCUCGAUACUAUUCCUCUAAUUGAUGAUUGGAAACGUACUGUUACGAACUUCCCUUCCCGGUGUGGAUUUUGCGAAAGUCGGAUGCACAACUGGGACGAGCGAGCCGAUCACCUGGCGUCUCACUUUCGCAAGGGCUGCACUAUGGCCCAAUGGAAAGGCGACCAUGAUUUCCCGCCGGAGAUCGCGGCACAGGUCACACAUAGCGUACCACCAUAUCUGAUCGACUUUGAAUCGCGAACUUUUGUCCCAUUCUCGGCCACCAAUGGGGCUGUGAAUGAUCAUCUUUCUCAAAUGCUGUCGCGAGCCACAUUUUUGGAUGCAGCAGGCGAGCGUCAAAUGCUUCCGGAAUCUCCGCAGACGGGCCUGCAACCGGUUCAAGAAACUCAAUUGGAUAGUUACACCGAGGUGCUCACCCGUCACUUAAGCCAUUAUGCACAACGAAUGAUGAUCAACGGUAUCAUCCCUACCGACGAAAUGUUUCAGUUAGAAGCAAGACGCCUGUUGUUUGAUUCUGAGGACCAGUGGAACCAAACGUUGGCUGAUAAUGUGGAGUGGUUGGCUAAGUUCCGGGGUGAGCAUAGUAGCAAUGGCGCUUUUCAGACUCCGGGGCAAUCUCUUGUGAACAGGUAG